AUGUUACUUCUGUUCGCCCCCACCAUCCUAGCCACUUCGGUGUAUGCUGUCAACAAUGGUCUGGCUAGAACGCCUCAGAUGGGAUGGAACAACUGGAAUUCCCUGGGUUGUGAUGUCUCACAAUCGCUGUUGCUCGAGACGUCGAAAGUGUUGCUGGAUAGCGGCUUGAAGGACGUGGGCUAUCGGUAUGUCGUCCUUGACGACUGCUGGUCGGAUGGUCGCGACGCAGGUGGCUAUCUUCGACACGAUGCGAAAAAGUUCCCCGACGGCAUGAAAUGGAUCGCUGGUCAACUCCACGACAUGGGUCUCCUGUUUGGCAUGUAUUCGAGUGCUGGAGAGAUGACGUGUGCCAGAUACGAGGGCUCGCUGGACAAUGAGGAGAAAGAUGCAGAUAUCUGGGCGUCAUGGGAUGUCGACUACCUGAAAUACGACAAUUGUUACCAUCGUGGCCGAUUUGGCUAUCCUGAAAUUUCCUUCAACCGUUACAACAAGAUGGCGAAGGCUCUCAAUGCUACUGGUCGGCCAAUUCUUUAUUCGCUAUGUUCUUGGGGAGAGGACUAUGUGCACACUUGGGGUAUGUCCAUUGCCAAUUCCUGGCGAGUAUCCGGCGACAUCUACGACCACUUCAAUCGUCCAGAUGCUCUGUGUGCGUGCGAUGAUCCUCGAGAUCCGCACUGUGUCGCACCAGGCACUCACUGCUCGGUCAUGAAUAUCAUCAACAAAGUUGCACCCUACGUCGAUCGGGGCCAGUUUGGUGGCUGGAACGAUUUGGAUAUGCUGGAAGUCGGACAGGGUGGGAUGACGGAUGAAGAAUACAAAGCACACUUUUCGAUGUGGGCUGCUCUGAAAUCUCCGCUGCUGAUCGGCACCGACAUUCGCAAACUGUCGCCCGAAGCCUUGACCAUCCUGAAUAAUCCGGCCGUCAUUGCGGUCAGUCAAGACCCUCUCGGAAAAUCGGUCGCUCAAAUAUUCCAUGAUCGAGAGGUCAAGAAGGACAGGUACGGACAAGGCGAGAUUCAAAUCUGGAGUGGCCCUCUUUGGCUGCACGACCAAGUUGUCAUCUUCCUCAAUGCUGCUGACGAGGGUCUUGAAAUGACAACGACCCUCAACGAUAUCUUUCUGCACGAAGGGCCCGAAGGCUCGGCGCCGCAGACCAUGGAGGAAUACGACAUUUACGACCUGUGGGCCGACCGCAUGGAUGACUCUACAGCCAAACAGAUCCUCAAUGGGAAAGCCCAACACAAGAGCUCCUGGUAUAACGCGACUCAGACACCGUAUAAGGAGGGUUUGGCUAAGGCUGACUUGCGGCUCUUGGGCAAGCGUGUGGGUAGCAUUGGCCCAAAGCAUGACGUUCUGCGAGCUCAUGUUCCCCGACACGGCAUUCGCAUGUUCAGACUGCGGAACUUGAGCGGCGGCUCCCCCAGAUAUGCAACGACCAAGGACGAGCUGUGA